AUGCAGGGAUGGGUUCCUGUAAAUGACACCUUACAGGACACGAGCGUCUUCAGUAAUUCAUCAACUCCGUUUCCAUAUACGGUCACCAGUGUCACCGUCACUUCAGGGCUGGGUCAUCCUUGGAACUUCACAUUUGUAUCCCUAACUGACGGUUUUUCACACUUUGGAAAGCAUGGCACGUACUUGAGCGGUGGUUACGUAGCUACUUUGGGGACCACCCGUGAAGCAAGUGAGACUACGGCUGACUACCUUCGACACCAUCAAUGGCUGGACCAACAGACCCGCGCAGUCUUCGUAGAGCUGAUUCUGUACAACCCGCACGCUAACCUGUUCUCCGUGGUUACUGUGGCGGUAGAGUUCACUACUACAGGGGCCGCCUACACGGGUGCAGAGGUGGUGACCUUGAGACUGGUCCAGCAUGGAGCCAUCGUCCUUCUCCUCCUUCGAGUGGCAUUCGCGCUGUUUCUUCUGUAUUUCCUACUAAGAGAAGGUAAGAGUUUAUUGUCGCGGCCAGUCGAGUAUCUGAGCGGAUUUUGGAGCUGGGUGGAAGUUUGGAUCAUCACCAUCGGCUUCUCCACACUCGGCGUCUACUUUAAGGCACAGAGCAUCAUUGAUGAGGCGGCAGAGAAACGGCAAUCGGGCAGCACUCCUUUCGAGCAGUACAAAAGUGCAGCCGGUUGGUUCCAAGUCUACACCUACCUACUCGGGUUUCUCAUCUGCUGCACUACGCUGAAGUUCAUCCACCUGCUGCGGUUCAACUCACACGUCCGAGCUCUUUCUGUGACGAUGAGGAAGUCAGCCAAGCCCGUUCUGCAGUUCCUCUUCGUGGCCGCCAUCUUGAUAAUGGCGUACACUCAAGCGGGGAACCUCGUGUUCGGCGUGAAGCUUCGGGGUUAUCAGAACAUGCAGACCAGCCUACAGAGUCUCUGCAUGAUGAUGUUGGGAAGCUUUGACUUUGAUGAACUGUCAGGGGCUCAGCGGGUUUUAGGUCCUCUAAUGUUCUUCUCGUACCAGGCUAUGAUGCAGUUUAUCCUGCUGAGUAUGUUCAUGGCCAUCAUCAUGGAUGUGUACGCAGAAGAACAGCAGGGUCUUCCCGUCGCAGAAAACCUGCGAUUUCUUCACUUUUUGAAAGAAACGUCAGUGGAGAUUGUAGGUAAAAUGAAGCACGUGUCAAAGAACAGAACCCGGGAAAGCAAACAGGAAGAAAGCAAUGUGAUAGAACCCGACAAUGCGAGCAGGUUUGAUGGCGUAUUUAACAAAAUGUGGUGAAGGAAUAGGAGUUUUAGUAUUGGAAGGGCUAACACGUAUAUUGCGAUAUAAGUAGGUCUAUCUAGGUUGCGAAUGCUUCGUUAGUUAUUUAGACAAUAACACCUUACAUUUUACCUUGUUGUGAUGUUAGCAUGUAUAAAUGUGAUAAACCAGGCUAAAUCAAGUAAUUGUAGUUCAAGACAUCGACGUUGUGGAUCAUAUGUCACCACCGAUCCUACGGAAUGCCAUUGAGUGCAGAGUCUUGAAGCUCUCAACCACAUUAUUGUGAGCCUGUCUACAAAAUUUUUGUUGUGUUAUAUGUACUUGUGUUUUCAUUUGAUUACAUUAUAUCGGCAUAGAAUCGAAAUUAAGGAAAUUUGGCCUUUGUAUUUCGUACGUCCUUAACUAGAUGUUGGAAAAACCAUG